GGGACAUUGAGAGGUUACCCCGCUAGGUAAAUAUAUGCGGGUAUAACGAUUUAGGUAGUCCAUCGAAACACUACUAUAUUUCGCGUUUAACCAAAUAAAAAAGGGGGAUCGCGCUAGGCCCUUUUUCAAGGCUCAAAAAUGGCAGAGGCAAUUGUGAAAUCUAAUCCGACAGAGGGUAAUACUCAAAAAGCCGCCCUUUCUCCACCAGAUUGGCUUAAGAUCUGGAGACGGCGUUUCCACGGCCAGCGAUGGGGCUUCGUCGCCUUCCGCAACGCCUACUUCAGCGACGACAACGGCGGCAACAAGCGUUGGGAUACAUUCAAAGAGGAGUUUGAGCGGAUCAUUCGGUUGCCGUUUGCGCGGGAUGCCGCCCACGCGCAAGAAAGGGGCCUUUCACUCCCGGACGGUUUCGACGAGGCUAGGGCUAAGUUUACGGUUCAAUGGGUCGAUGCUAGCGGGACGGUUACUGCUACAGCGAUUGCUAGCGCGGAACCGCUCCGGGCUAAGUACGCUGCUCUGAGACCUGCUUUGGACCCCAGGAUAAGCUAGGAGAUCUUCCUGUGCGCGUCUCCCGAAGCGGUCCAGUCGUUUGAGGACCAAGAGGCGGCGGCGAAUACGGAUGAGACGAGUAAGUUCUGGAGGACACGCGCGCUGUUUGUGUUAGGGGUUACGGCGCACGGAGAAUCCGGGUUGGGGGAGGAUCAUGAUGAAGCGGCGUGGUUCAAAUCUGUGUUCAAGGUUGCGGUUGAGGUUUUGGUGGAAUCGCUAUUCGGUGUGCUUGAUAUGGGGACGUCGAUGGAGCGGAUUACGAGGAGUGUUGUUCGGGCGGUGGAGCUUGAUGAGGCAGCAAUUGGAACUGAAAAGGAAAAUGGGAAAGAGAAGAAUGAGAAAUUGGAUGGGAAUGAAAACUCAGAUGAUAUCUGAUGGUCGAUGCAUCCGUCGCCUGCGCGAAUGAGAGCCCUGAUAAGGAUGAGGGGUAUCGGGACCGUGGAGGAGUGAAGUGCUGAUUAAUGAUUGCUCCGGGUCCCUUUAACUUAGGUCUUCUUUCUCAUAUAUCAAAUUGCCAUGACGGG